AUGACGACACUAGGAAACAAUUGCGCGUACAGGAAAAGUGAACAAAGCUCUGAAGGGGUUUCCCUAGCACGCGUGAGUCUGAGGGCGGAGCGCUGCGUACGUAGCGUUAGCGGCACAGCGGCAUUAGAGAGAUGCGGAUUGGCGUCAGUGGUCAGUGGCGAACCGGCGCGCGCCCAGACAGUACACGAGCACGCCACACAUCCGCCUUAUAGCGGGUUGAAUCGCGCGCGAACUGAACGCGCCGCACUUAGCCCCUUGGUGCUU